UAAGGCUAAUUAGACCAUAGAAAAAUAUAAAAACAGGAAUGUGGAACGCGCACAGCCCCUGCACCACUCUCCAUUUCCCAAAGCCCGUGUUCUUCGCGGCGGCCGGAAAAUCAAGAAACAUUUUAUCCACCACCAGUCUACUACCAGUAUGGCUAAAAUGGCUGCUGACCCUUUUUCUGUACGGACAGAAGCUACUUGUUCGUCUUCUCCAUUGAACCUUCGAAGCUCAAAGACAGCUACUUUUCGAAUUCGAGCUCAUAAUAAUCAGCACAUCGAUGACAAGAACAGAUUCUACAAAGAGCUUGGCACAUUUGCUUUGAAAAGGAAGAUUGAAGAUUUGGUACUCCGUGCUGAAAUGUUGGCACCAACAGCACUAGAAUUUGAAGAAGCAAGACGCCUCAAGCAGGAAGAAAUUAUUCGUGAAUAUGAUUUGUGGGAUGACGUAGCCAAGUCAAAUGAAGACCUUGUGCAAUUAGCUGAAAGCGCCAAAGCGGUUGAUGCCCUCAAAGACCUUAGAUACAAGGCUGAAGAAGCUAAGCUGAUUACGGAACUAGCAGGAAUGGAUUCUAUCAACUAUGACUUUUUAAAGCAGGCGUAUACAGCUUGUGUCAGUGUGAAUAAGACAUUAGAUAAGUAUGAAAUGUCCAAACUUCUCAGGGAGCCAUAUGAUAUGGAGGGAGCAUGUGUGACCAUUGAAUCUGGAAACGAGGGCAUUUACUCGCAGAUUUGGGCAGAAAAACUCACAAGAAUGUAUAUCAAAUGGGCAGAAAAACAAGGUCAUAAGGCGAGGAUAGUUGAGAAACAAGAUUCAGAGAGUGGUGGUAUCAAAUAUGUGAUGAUUGAGUUAGAAUUCAAGUCAGCAUACGGCUAUCUUUCAGGAGAAAGAGGAAUCCAUUGCAUGAAUGGAAGUUCUGAAGGUAAAUUUGAUCUUUUAAAGGAUGGAGCUGCUGCGAUCAAUGUUAUUCCUCUUUUUCUUGAAUCAUCCCCUGACCUCCAAAUUGAUGAAAACGAUCUAGAAAUUACAACAUCGUAUGAAGAGGAACAGGGCAGGACUUCACCUUCACUCACCAUUCAGCACAUUCCAACAGGAUUGCAAGUCCGGUCAACAGGUGAAAGAAGUCGUUUCGCAAAUAAGCUCAAGGCCCUGAAUCGCCUAAAGGCAAAACUUCUCAUUGUAAUGAGGGAGCAAGGAGUCUCAAACUUGGCUAGCAUCAGAAGUAGUGAUAUAUCUAGUAGUUGGAACCAAGUGAUAAGGAGGUAUGUAUUUCAUCCAAACAAACUGGUAGAAGAUAUGAAGACGGGCGUCCAAUUGUCUGACCUUACUGCUGUGUUAAACGGAAACAUUGAACCAUUUAUCGGUGCUCACAUCAACAGCAGACGACAUGAAAUCCCAUGAUACAUAUAGCUUUGUACUCCUCUCAUGCAAAAAAAGAAGAAAGAAAGAGAAAUUUUGUGAUAGAAAAGAAGCAGAUAAUGGUGACGGGUGGGAGAGAAAAGCAGCCACUGCUCCAUGUUCUUGUAUUCUUAAGUUGGUAGUAACUUAUUAUGUAGCUGUGCUCUACAAAUCUGUAAAAUUUUGCUCAACGUCUAUCAGAAACAACCUGUCUACUCUCUCAAAGGUAGGGCUAAGGUUGUGUAUACACCACCGUCCCCAAACCCUACUAGUGGGAUUACACACAGUAUGUUGUUGUAAGAGAGAUUUAUUUCAAUUCUAAAUUUUAUCUUUUUCAUGUAUAUAUCAA